AUGAUUUAUCAUUGCUUCUCAUCAUCAUUACCUGAUCUUCCACUUCGUCUGUACUUUUCCUUAUUCUUCAUCAUCUUCGGUUUUCCUCUUUCACUAAGCGAUCAUGAUCUGUACCAGAACUGUCGCGAUGCAGUCUUCAAAUGCGGGAAUAUCUCCGCCGGAUUUCCUUUCUUUGGUGGCCAACGAGCGAUGGAAUGUGGACGACUCGGUCUCGAGCUUCGCUGCGACAACAAAAAUACAACAACGAUCGUAAUUAGUGAUAUAGAAUAUCGGGUUCUGGCCAUCCAUCGGGAUCGUCAUAUUCUAAGGAUUGCGAGGCAAGACCUCAUCAAGUACGAUGGCCUUUGUAGCCCUCAAAUUAUCCCAACUCGGAAUUCGGUCCUCGAUUCCGAGCUGUUUUCACCUGGUCUUGGUUAUGCCAACGUUACUUUGUUUUACGACUGCCAAUCUUCCAUCUCCUCAAGCAGUACUCUCGGGUUCUUCCCUUGCGAUAACGCCGGUUCCAUUUACAGUAACGUUUCCGUUGCGACGCGAAGUAAUAUCCGACCGAAGAGAUGCUCGGCUAAUGUUACUGUUCCGAUUCUUCGAUCUUCCCUGGAGGGAUCACUGAAUUCUUUGUUGGGGUUGAAAGAAGCCUUGAAAAGAGGAGUGGAAGUAGAAUGGUAUUGGAAGGACAGCGAAGCUUGCGGGAAGUGCAAUGAUUCCGGCGGAGCCUGCGGUUUCUUUGGGCCGGCGGAGAAUCAAACAGUGUUCUGCUAUUGCCCUUUCAUGUUUGACAAUUCGCACGAUGACGGACAAUGCAUUCGCGUUAUUUCUUCACCAUCCCCAACGACUGCCCGAGGUAUGUAA